CAAAUUUUUUUUACAACAAAAUAAUAUCAGUAAAACUAAAAAGAGUUAAACGCACUAUGACUUCUCAAUUAACAAGAGACAAAUUUAUCAAGAGAACAGAUCAGCAGCUACAUCUCAACAUAAUUCAGUUCUGACUCCUACGUCACAAAUGUGUGCACUACAUCUUGCGCGUCAUCAAGCAUGAAGUAAAAAGAGGAAUAGCGCGCCCCCGAGCGUACGCAAAGUCUGAGUGUAUAUCACAGUUGUCAUCUUGGACAUGUUAUGGAAAUUAAUAACGGAAAGCGAUGCAAUUUUGUCACAGAUCAUGCAAAAAAAUCGUAAAAGCAAUUUAUUCCUGCACGUGCAUUAACAUGACGAACUUUUGGCUGGUUUUGAAGGAAGCGAGUUUAUGGUUCCGGUGACGAGCUGCUUUUCUCUGUCAGGAAACUCACUGCGCGAAAGAUUCAUUCUAGCAUUUGCUGUUUAUCACCAUCACAAGAAUGCUUGGACUAAUGUCGACUAAAUAUCUUAUUUGCCGCUAACUGUCAACCGGAUAACUUCAACGGCGUUUGGAUAGUAUAUUUUCGUACUUUCGCUGAGUUUUAACUUGUCAUGCAAGUUGCGCACAUCAACGGAAAGCGGAAUUUGUUCUCGAAGUUCAAGUAGCCUCUGGCUGUAAUGCGCAGCAUUUCUUUUGUCCAGACCAUCGGCAGUGGGAUUUAUGUGUCAUUUUUCUAAUACACUUUUUUUCGAUGUUAGUUCGAUAAAGUGGAACAUAAGUGCUUGUCUCACAGUCACAUGCCUUCAUUCAAAAAGAUUUGUCGCAUUAAUAAUGCUGAGAUUGUCCAGGCAUCCAGCUGAGACUCGUUUUCUUUUUCAUGUACUUGUACAAACUUAUUACCCACCGGUGUUGGAUUGAUGCAUUUGCACGGACAGUAAUCGUCGCCUUUCACUAAAAAGUGAAAACUAUAUUGAACUGACCAAGCACAUCGAAGGAGAAAAUUUUUGCAAAGCUAGCAGGAAAAGAAGCCAUCAAAAUUACGGAAAUCGCUUCGUCCUUUUCCUCCAGUCUACUGUUACAAAUGGAUUUUAUUAAAGCAACACGCUUACAUUUGCAUCAUUAGUGUUAUUACAAGACAUCUGCAGUUUAUUAUUCAGAGUUAUUUAAGACUUUUUAUACAACAGUUAUGUUGCAACUCUAUAAUGAUAGAGUCAAGGACCCUUACCUUUCUUAAUCUGUUAAACACGCUUUUCUUUGUCGCUUCGUGAAUUAUUUCAUCCAUAUGACUUUUACUGUCACUCUCAGCAUUAACAGGUGAUGUGUUUUUAAGAGUUGUCAGCUUUCCCCAAGGAGUAUAAAGUCACGGAUGAUAUGGGAGACCCUCAGGUGCCCGCGCACCUGGACGCGCUUUAGCGAUGGCAGUCUGUCCACUUUGGUGGAGGGACUGGAUAUCUGUUCACUGUCAAACUGCAUUAACUGUGACUAUAACGUCAAACCCAGAGAUUUCAAGAGAGGACUGAAAGUGGCUGAGGGCUCCCUCAUCUGCAUCUGUACUUCACCCAAAAUUCAGGGAGAACAGAUAACAUCGCAGAAGGACGCCAGAAAGUCUCUAGGACAUUGAUGGGUGACGCAGCAGGACAGUGUGUGUGAGGACCUCAAAACGUGAGCAGAAACAGUUACACCGCCAAAAUGAAUGAGAGACAGGCUCUCCAUUCAAUUAUGAAGGAUCUGGUGGCCCUGCAGAUGACUAGGCGCCAGCCUUCGACAACUUAUGACACGGCAAAACCCAAACCUGUCAGCACCGCCGGCUCUUCCAACAGAAUGGAUGAUGUCAGAAUUAAGUUUGAAUUCUGCGGUGAAAGAAGGAUUCUGAUGUUUGGGCGGCCUGUGCAGUUUGAGGAAAUCCAGCAGAAAGUCAAAACAUUCUUCGGUCAGCAGUUAGACCUGCAUUAUAUGAAUAAUGAGCUGUCUAUUCCCCUGCGCAGUCAGGAUGACUUGGAUAAAGCCAUUGAUCUGUUGGACCGCAGUUCAAACAUGAAGAGCAUCAAGAUCAUGCUGCUGACACAGGAACUUAGCAAUGCCUCUUCUCCAUCUCAUCACACCGUGUGCAAGCAGGUUCGCAUUAAAACCUCACAGUCCACUGGCGAUGUCAGUACCGUAUACCAGUCCUCCGAACCCAGAGGACGCCACCACUCGACCAGCUCUCAGAACACUGGGCGCAGUUCUCCUCCCCCUGGUUACGUUCCUGAGCGUCAACAGCGAAUUGCACGCCAGGGAUCCUACACCAGUAUUAAUAGCGAGGGGGAGUUCAUACCUGAAACCAGUGACCAGUGUGUGCUGGAUCCCUGGAGCAGUGCAGAAAACUCUGUGUCCGGCAGCUGUCAGUCUCUGGACAGCAACUCUGAAAGCCCCUCACUCAGGAAACCUCGUACACACAGAAUCAAGAGUUAUCCUGACAACCGGCAGGACUGUUCAGACCGGGAAAACCAUGUUUAUGAUAAGAUUGUGGGGAAGGGAGGGACGUACCCCCGGAGGUAUCACGUGUCCCUGCACCAUAAAGACCACAGUGAAGGUCGGCGGACAUUUCCACGGAUCCGCCGUCCUCAGGGUAACCUCUUUACUUUGGUGCCAUCACGGCGAUCGCUAAACGGCAGUGAAGAGAGUGUGGGGAGCCGGCAGUUGGUUGAUGCUCAGGCUAGACUCCGCCCACAGGACCGGCCAGUCCCUCAUAAGUCCCCUUCAGCUCCGUUGACGUGGCGCAGAGGGAAAUUGCUGGGUCAGGGGGCUUUUGGGAGAGUGUACCUAUGCUAUGAUGUAGACACAGGCAGAGAACUUGCAGCAAAACAGGUUCAUUUUGAUCCGGCCAGUCCAGAGACCAGCAAGGAGGUGAGCGCUUUGGAGUGUGAGAUACAGCUGUUGAAGAACCUGCACCAUGAGCGGAUCGUCCAGUAUUAUGGUUGCCUUAGAGACCACAAUGAGAAGACCCUUACCAUUUUCAUGGAGUAUAUGCCAGGGGGCUCAGUCAAAGACCAGCUAAAGGCCUAUGGGGCUUUGACAGAAAAUGUGACGCGCAAAUACACCAGACAGAUCCUGGAGGGCAUGUCUUACCUGCACAGUAACAUGAUAGUCCACAGGGACAUCAAAGGUGCCAACAUCCUGCGAGAUUCAGCAGGCAACGUGAAGCUGGGAGAUUUCGGCGCCAGUAAGCGGCUUCAAACCAUCUGCAUGUCCAGCACCGGGAUCCGUUCUGUUACGGGAACACCGUACUGGAUGAGUCCAGAGGUCAUUAGUGGAGAAGGGUACGGUCGGAAGGCUGAUGUUUGGAGUCUCGGCUGCACUGUGGUGGAGAUGUUAACGGAAAAGCCCCCAUGGGCCGAAUAUGAGGCCAUGGCAGCCAUAUUUAAGAUCGCCACUCAGCCUACCAACCCUCAGCUUCCCUCUCACAUCUCCGAGCACACGCGCGACUUUCUCCGCUGCAUCUUCUUGGAGGCCAAGUACAGACCGAGUGCAGAGGAGUUGCUCAGACAUCCCUUCUCCCAGAUCUUGUGUUGAGGAGGUCAAAUGUCAAUCCAGCUGCUUCCACGACUUAAAAGGCCCUCGGAGGAACAAAUGUACCUCUUACAAACAUUUUAGGGGUCAUUCGAUGACUCAAGCCAUGAUAAGCUGAGUAUCAAAGGCAAUCUACUUUUCCAAAACUUGUGGCCUGCUAGCACCCAGUCAGCUGUUGGCAGGAUGAGGUCACGCAAGUUUUAUUUAUAAGGGUCUCUGCAACAGCAGGGGGCACUACAGGAUACUUUACACAUUUCUGUUUGAGGAAUAAACAGAUCACUUAACAGGAUAAGCAGAUGCAACAAAUAUAAUUUUGUUGGACUGAGCGGCUUUAAACUGCACUCUACAUUAUUAGAAUUGCCAAACUUUUCUCUUUUAAAGCCUGCAUGGUUUAUCUCUCACACUUGAAAGAGUGUUUAAAGCAGACAUCAAGAAUGUCUCCCAGUAAUGAAUGUUGUACACCGGGACUAUUCAUCUUUGGUCUUGGAAGGCCCCUUCAGAGUUUAGUUUCAAAUAAAACACACCUGCUUGUAAUGUAAGUAACCCUGAAGGCCUUGUUUGAUGAAACUCGGCAAGGUAGUGAUUCUCCAGGACUAAGAGUGAAUAAGUUCGGAUCAAUAACAGUCCAGAUCAAAAACCUCAAUUUUGCUCUUUUAUACAGCCAUUAUCCCUUUGUCCCACUGUUUAAAUCUCCAUGGUUUAGUGUUACGGGAAAUGUAAUAAGUCUGCAUUGAAGGUCCUUUGGAAGUCAGUGUAUCUGUUGCACUUAAAUUUGUAAUUGCCUCGGGCUUGGAUUCACUUCAUGUCGAUAAAAGCUAGGAUUGCUCGAGGAUUGUUUUUCACAGGAAUUGUGUACCUCGAUUUGUCCCUUCUCUGAAAAGGUUUUAGUCUGUUACAAAAUGCAGAUAACUGUUAUUGAUACAGAGGUUAUAGUGUUAAGAAGAGUAUUGUACAUUAAUGUUCCUUGUGCCUCCUCUCCUGUAGGGGGCAGCAGUUAAGUGUUUAUCAUGCAGCUAUUCUCACUAAUAAUAUUCUCUCAAAGAGAUUCCCAUGGUAAUGAAAUGUUAAAUCGGGAGUCGUGUAGGGUGGUGGUCACCAACCAUGUUGCUGGAGAUCUACUUCCAACCCCAAUCAAACACACCUGAACCUGCUAAUCAAGCUUUUAGGGCUACCUAAAUAUUAGAGGCAGGUGGAUCUUAAAGGAAUAUUCCAUUUUCUUAAAAGAAAAAUCCAGAUAAU